GCCCACCCACCCUCGCAGAGUCUAGAGAGAGAGAGAGAGAGAGAGAGAGAGAGAGAGAGAGAGAGAGAAAGCAGGAGAUGAGACAAAGAAAACACCAGACUCAAGAGCCCAAAGUUAAAGGUUUUUGAGAGCAGUUGAUUUCAUGGUGGAUAUUCUUUCCUCUCUCCAUGCUCUUCAUCUUCCUAUUCUAUUCCUCCGCCGCUAAUGCUGUAUAAGCUAGGUGAUUUCUUCAUCUGCAGCAGCAGCAGCAACGGCGGCGGCGGCGGCUGCCAACCUUCAAAUGCCGGAGUAAAUCUCGCCAUCACCGUCUUCGCCGCCCUUGUAAUCGCUGCUGCUAUGUACUCCACCACUAGAUUGAUGAAAGCCCUAAGACGUAGUCAAACUUCGUCUUCCUCGUCGUCGUCUUCAAAUUCAUCAAAUUCGUCGUCUUCGUGGAUUCAUUUGAGAUCUGUUUUAUUCGUUGUUGCUUCUUCCUCACCAGCUUCGUGUUCCACUUCGGAUCGGGGGCGUCUGAAAUCACCAUGGUCACGUAGGAAAAGAAAACACGCACUCACUCCUCAACAGUGGAGAAAUUUGUUUACACCUGAUGGAAAACUUCGAGAUGGUGUUAAAUUUCUUAAAAAAGUCCGCAGUGGGGGAGUGGAUGCAAGUAUCAGGUCAGAAGUUUGGCCGUUCCUACUUGGAGUUUAUGAGCUCAACACUUGCAAAGAAGAAAGAGAUAAACUAAGAACUCAGGGGAGAAAGAAGUACGAGAAAUUACGUAGGCAAUGCAGGAAGCUUGUAGGUGAAAGCAGCAGCAAUGGGGACAGUCACAGUCAAGGCAUGGAUUCUGCAGAAUCAGAAGAAGUUGUGAGUGCCAGGGAGUCCCUUUCUAGUGAAGAAAUAAAUUCUUCCCCAUCUCCCAUGAAUUCAGGAGUAUUAUUGGAGGAAGAAGAAGCCACUCCUGGAUCAGGGUCAACAAGAUUCAUAGAUCCAAACAUAUCCGACUCGGAAUCUUCUGACUCAGAUUCUUCUCGAUCUCAAGAUCCCCCGGAACUCAGCCAAAGUCAAACCUUCCCCUUCCCAUCGUCGGAAAACGAAGAGUCAUCGGCAGUUCAGUCGAGCGAGGAUUUCUCCACCUGGCAGCGUAUCAUUCGCCUGGAUGCGAUCCGAGCCAACGGAGACUGGAUCCCAUACUCGCAACCUCAAGCUGAGGUUUCGGAGGAACGGGCCGUGCGGUCAGCGGAAGCCGUGGGAUUAAAAGACUACGAGCAUCUAGAAGCGUGUAGAAUCUUCCACGCGUCUCGGCUGGUGGCGGUUCUGGAAGCAUACGCGCUGUACGAUCCGGAAAUCGGAUACUGCCAGGGGAUGAGCGAUCUGCUGUCUCCAAUAAUCGCGGUCAUGAGUGAAGACCACGAAGCGUUCUGGUGUUUCGUUGGGUUCAUGAGAAAGGCGCGCCAUAAUUUCAGGCUUGAUGAGACGGGGAUCAGACGGCAGUUGAACCGCGUCUCCAAGAUUAUAAAAUCCAAAGACUCGCAUCUCUACAAGCACUUGGAGAAGCUUCAGGCGGAGGACUGUUUCUUUGUGUAUAGGAUGGUGGUGGUGCUGUUUAGGAGGGAGUUGACUUUUCAACAGACCAUAUGUUUGUGGGAGGUGAUGUGGGCCGAUCAGGCCGCCAUCAGGUCUGGGAUUGGGAAGUCCUCCGCGUGGAACAGGAUAAGACAGCGGGCACCCCCUCCUACCGAGGAUCUGUUGCUGUAUGCCAUUGCUGCUUCCGUGCUGCAGAGGAGGAAACAGAUAAUAGAGAAGUACAGCAGCAUGGAUGAGAUAAUAAGGGAAUGUAAUAACAUGGCCGGUCAACUUGAUGUUUGGAAGCUUUUGGAUGAUGCCCAUGACUUGGUGGUUUCUGUUCAUGACAAGAUUGAAACCCCCACCACCACCACCACCACCAUCACCAUGUCUUCUUCUUCUUCUUCCUCGCUCCAUCAUAAAUAA